AUGCACUGCCAGUUAUUCUUUAGUAUUCCACGUAAAGUGCAACUAUCUUUGGCACGAACAAAGGUUCCCCCAACUGAAUUAUUCCCACCAGAGGAACCACCCCGCCGUCGCUCUCGACGGCAACUUAUAUUUGCUGAUGCCACCACACAGAUACCCCCAGAGGAGUUCCGUCGGCAGAUAGAAAAUCCUGCAACACAAACUCAACCACUGUCAAAAAUUCUGAUUCAGGAUCCAAGACAGAGCAGAAUAAUGCCAAUUGAACUCUUCACCAGACCAGGCUACCAAACAAGAGAAACAACAUUAAAGUCACCAUGGCAUCUUCUUUCAGGGCCUCUUCCGCCUGCACACCUACAGGAACUCUGGACUCGGUGUGCAGUUGUGACCCCAAUUGACCACACAACUAAGCGAAAACGUUUAACUGAAGAGGAGGAAGAAAGUGAAAUAGAAAUUUUCUUCGGAGACCAAGAGCCAAGCAUUCCUCCAUUGGAAAUAACUGUUCCACCUGGGGUCCUGGAAGCUUCGGGUGAGGAGAGGUCACACAGCAUCACUCCUCCAGAGGCAGGACGAUCACCAGCAGAGUCUGUGCUCUCAAGAGCUGAAAGUCACCUACCAGUUCUAGAGGACAUCCCAGAAGAGAUCUCUAUGCCAGAGCAACCUGAGAUGUUGGUAGAGGAGCCAUUGACGCCAGAAAACCUAUACAGGCUUAUUGCACAACUUAUUGAACAAUAUGGGGAAACGUACUUAGACCAGCUGGUUCCACCUGGAUCUCCUCGUCGAAUGGCCUGCAUGGCGUUCAGCACCAUACUGGAAAUUGUGGUCAAGCAACUAGUCACACUGCAUGGUAGAGUUGCCAGUCGUAUGUGUGCUCAAAUUAUAUGA